AUGACAACAAUCUUGUCAGCUUACAACGCGGUGAAAUCUCUGAGGCAUGGGUGUCUCGUUAGCAGAGCGCUGGGCCACAAGUCCGGCUGGUGGCCCGGCGCGGCCAGAGCCUUCAGUGUAAAGGCUCGGACAGCCAACCUUGUCCUGGAGGAUGGUACGAGGAUGAAAGGCUUCUCUUUUGGGCACGAUAUAUCUUCAGCCGGGGAGCUGGUCUUCAACACUGGCCUGGUGGGGUAUCCGGAGGCCUUGACGGACCCUAGCUACAGAGGCCAGAUCCUGACCUUGACCUACCCUAUUGUGGGGAACUAUGGUGUGCCCAACACUCAGGAGCUGGAUGAGUUAGGCCUGAGAAAACACGUGGAGUCGGAUCACAUCCAGGUGUCAGGCCUCCUAGUGCAAGACUACAGUCAUGAAUACAGCCACUGGAACUCUGUCAAGUCCCUGGGUCAUUGGUUACAAGAAGAGAAGGUUCCUGCGCUGUUUGGGAUAGACACUAGAAUGCUAACAAAGAUCAUCAGAGACAAGGGUACAGUGUUGGGGAAGAUUGAAUUUGAUGGGCAGCCUGUGGAGAUAUCUGACCCCAACAAGGAAAACCUGGUAGCAGCGGUCUCAACCAAGGAAAUCAAAGUGUUUGGAAAAGGUAACCCCAUCAAAGUGGUGGCUGUUGACUGUGGUAUCAAGCACAACAUCAUCCGCUUGCUGGUUAAGCGUGGUGCAGAGGUCCAUCUAGUCCCGUGGGACCAGGACCUGCUGAGUCUUGACUACGAUGGCCUGUUUAUUUCCAAUGGGCCUGGAGACCCCUCUCUGGCCCAGACCCUGAUUCAGAAUGUCCGCAAGGUGCUGGAGAGUGACCGUCCCCAGCCUGUAUUUGGGAUUUGCAUGGGUAACCAGAUCACUGCUCUGGCUGCAGGGGCGAAGUCCUACAAACUACCCAUGGGCAACAGAGGCCAGAAUCAGCCGGUGCUGAAUGUGAUGACGGGUCAGGCCUGCAUCACGGCCCAGAACCAUGGAUACGGCAUCGACAGCAAGUCCCUGCCUCCGGGAUGGAGUCCGCUGUUUGUCAACGCCAACGAUGGCACUAACGAGGGCAUCAUGCAUAACACGAAGCCGGUCUUCACUGCUCAGUUUCACCCCGAGGCGAAGGGUGGUCCCACAGACACCGAGUUCCUCUUCGAUGCAUUCAUAUCCCUGAUCAAGGAAGGGAAGGAUGUGAACAUCGUGUCAGUCAUGCCCAAGAAACCUGACAUCCCUCCCCGAGCGCAGCUGUCUAAGGUGCUGGUGCUAGGCUCUGGUGGCCUAUCUAUCGGCCAGGCUGGAGAAUUUGAUUACUCUGGGUCUCAAGCCGUCAAAGCCAUGAAGGAGGAGAACCUGAGGACGGUGCUGAUGAACCCCAACAUUGCCUCGGUGCAGACCAACGAGGUGGGCACCAAGCAGGCCGACUCUGUCUACUUUCUGCCCGUCACACCACAGUUUGUAACAGAGGUUAUCAAAACCGAGCGUCCGGACGGCAUCUUGCUGUCCAUGGGGGGACAGACUGCACUCAACUGCGGAGUGGAGCUGUUUCAGAGUGGGAUCCUGAAGCAGUACGGGGUUAAGGUUCUGGGGACCCCGGUGGAAUCCAUCAUGGCCACAGAAGACAGACAGCUGUUUGCUGACAAGCUGAUGGAGAUCAACGAGAAGAUUGCGCCCAGUAUUGCUGUCGAGUCGGUUUCAGAUGCCCUGAAAGCAGCGGAGCAGAUUGGUUAUCCGGUGAUGCUCCGCUCAGCUUAUGCACUGGGGGGCCUGGGCUCGGGACUGUGCGCUGACAAAAGCAAACUGGAGGAGACGGCUCGCAAGGCUUUGGCAAUGAGCAGUCAAAUCUUGGUGGAGAAGUCCCUGCUGGGUUGGAAGGAAGUGGAGUAUGAGGUGGUAAGAGAUGUGGCAAACAACUGUGUCACCGUCUGUAACAUGGAGAACUUUGACCCCCUGGGCAUACACACAGGUGACUCCAUUGUGGUGGCACCUAGCCAGACACUGUCCAAUGAGGAAUACCAUAUGCUUCGCGAGACGGCCAUCAAAGUGGUACGUCACCUUGGCAUUGUUGGUGAGUGCAACAUCCAGUAUGCUCUGCACCCAUCCUCCCUGGAGUACUGCAUCAUCGAGGUCAAUGCACGCCUUUCCCGAAGCUCCGCGCUAGCUUCCAAAGCCACUGGGUACCCGCUGGCAUUUGUAGCAGCCAAGUUGGCUCUGGGCAUCCCUCUGCCAGAGAUCAAGAAUGCAGUGUCAGAGAAGACCACAGCCUGCUUUGAGCCCAGUCUGGACUACAUUGUGACCAAGAUCCCCCGAUGGGACCUUGACCGCUUCCAGGGCAUGUCCAGAGAAAUAGGAAGUGCCAUGAAAAGUGUUGGAGAGGUGAUGGCUGUGGGCCGUACCUUUGAAGAGAGCAUGCAGAAGGCACUGAGGAUGUGCCACCCCUCAGUUGAUGGAUUUGUGCCACGGCUGCCUCUGAAGAGGGCCUGGGCAGACUCUCAGGACCUGCAGCAAGAGCUGGCCGUACCCUCCAGCACACGUAUCUUCUCCCUCGCCAAGGCCCUCCACAGUGGCAUGGGUGUGGAGCAGAUCCAUCAGCUGACAGCCAUAGACAAGUGGUUCCUCCACAAACUCCACCGAAUCACUCAGCUUGAGCAGCACCUAGCACACUACAACAGCGGUACAGUUCCCAGGGACCUGCUGCUGAAGGCCAAACAGGACGGCUUCUCAGAUCGACAGGUGGGCCAAGUCCUGGGUUCCAAUGAGGUAGUGGCCAGAGAACUGAGGCUGGCUCACGGCAUCAGACCCUGGGUCAAACAGAUUGACACCUUGGCAGCAGAGUACCCAGCCAUGACCAACUACCUGUACUGCACCUACCAUGGCCAGGAGCAUGAUCUGGACUUUAAAGACCAAGGAGUCAUGAUUUUGGGCUGUGGGCCGUACCACAUUGGGAGCAGUGUGGAGUUCGACUGGUGUGCUGUGUCCAGUAUCCGGGCACUGAGGCAGAUGGGUAAGAAGACAGUGGUGGUCAACCACAACCCCGAGACCGUCAGCACCGACUUUGACGAGUGUGACCGUCUGUACUUCGAGGAGCUGACUCUGGAGCGCAUCCUGGACAUAACACAGCAGGAGGGUUGUUCUGGAAGUAUAGUGUCAGUGGGGGGUCAGAUUCCCAACAACUUAGCUGUGCCACUGCACCUGAAUGACGUGAAUAUCCUGGGCACCAGUCCACUGCAGAUUGACCGGGCUGAGGAGCGCUCCAUCUUCUCCAGCAUCCUGGAUGAUCUUGGCGUGGUACAGGCCCCGUGGAGGGCCCUUAGUUCCCUGGAAGACGCCUUUGCUUUUGCCAACCAGGUGGGCUACCCGUGUCUCUUGCGCCCCUCCUAUGUUUUGAGUGGCUCUGCGAUGAAUGUUGCGUAUGGAGAAGAAGAGAUGAAGCGCUUCUUAGAAGAGGCCAGUCAGGUGUCUCAGGAGCAUCCGGUGGUCAUCACCAAGUUCAUCUGUGGUGCCAGGGAGGUAGAGGUGGAUGCUGUGGCCAAGGGUGGUAAGGUUCUGGUCCAUGCCAUAACGGAGCAUGUGGAAGAUGCUGGGGUGCACUCAGGAGACGCCACCCUAAUGCUGCCUACCCAGACCAUCAGCCAGGGGGCCUUGGAGAAGGUGAAAAUUGCCACUCGCAAAAUCGCACAAGCGUUUGAGAUUUCAGGACCCUUUAAUACUCAAUUCCUGGUUAAAGGCAAUGAUGUCAUGGUGAUAGAAUGUAAUCUUCGGGCGUCACGGUCAUUCCCCUUUGUGUCCAAAACCAUUGGGGUCGACUUCAUCAAUGUGGCUACCAAGGUGAUGGUGGGAGAGCCUCUGGAUGAGGUCAGCCUGCCCUCACUGGAGAACCCCUUUAUUCCUGUCAACUACGUAGGCAUCAAGGCCCCCAUGUUCUCCUGGCCUCGGCUGAGGGAUGCGGACCCCGUGCUGCGCUGCGAGAUGGCCUCCACCGGAGAAGUAGCGUGUUUUGGACCAAACAUCUAUUCAGCCUUCCUGAAGGCCAUGCUCUCCACGGGAUUCAAGUUGCCUCAGAAGGGCAUCCUGAUCGGGAUUCAGCAUUCCUUCCGGCCCAACUUCCUUGCCACGGCCCACCAGCUAAAAGAGGAGGGCUUCAAGCUGUUUGCCACUGAGGCCACCUCAGCCUGGUUGUGUGCCAACGAUGUGCAUGCCACUCCAGUAGCCUGGCCCACCCAGAAGGAAGGAGAGACCAGUUUGCCCAGUAUUAAUCGACUGAUUAACGAGGGCCACAUUGACCUGGUGGUCAACCUACCCAAUAACAACACACAACACAUAAAGGAUAACUUCCUCAUCCGGAGGAUGGCCGUGGACCACGGUGUGCCCCUCAUCACUAACUACCAGAUUGUGAAGCUGUUUGCGGAGGCCAUCCGCUGCACUGGCGAGCUGGACACCACCAGCCUCUUCCACUACCGCCAGAAAGAGGGGAACCAGAGAGAGGCUGGCCAGCAGAGCUCGAGCUCCCUCCUCCUGCCAUCGCCUCCCUCUCCAGUCCCACAGUGA